CGCUAUGUUUGCAGUAAAUGAUAGGGGUAUUUUGAUCAUAAGGACAAUGCUGAUGCUUCCCGCUAUACGAGUGAUCUACGAAAACUUUGGUUAAAUUUGUUUUUAUUCAAGUAGGUAUCGCUCAAGAGCAUUCUCUAAAUCCUCAGUUGUAUCAAAGAAAAUUAUUAAUUUAAGGAAAACCGCAUCCUUUUAUGUGUCUUCUUGUUCUUCUCUCGCUUCACUGAAGAAGAGAAGAACAGGGAGCAGAUCCCACAAAGAUGAACCUAACGCAACUUCUUGAUCUUUUCGUUCUAUGCACCAAUACCCACAAGUAAUAACGCAUUGGGGUUCUUUCUGUUUCUUUCAUUUCUUGGUUCUGCAGAGUGCGAGAAGGACUAGUUUCAAUGGGGAAUUUCUGUGGCGGCGUGGGUACGAACAAAGUGGAGAAUUCCUUGUCAUAUCAGCAGGAAACUUCUGGAAUUGCAAACGUUCACAAUAGAAAUACCUAUUAUUCAGCUCUUUCAAGUCCAAAACUUCUGGCUAAUUUUGAAGAGAAAGUAAUUAGAAGUCCCCCUCCUCCAAGAUCUGAAGGGGACAUAUUGUCUUCUCCAAAUUUGAAAGCCUUCACACUUACUGAUCUUCAGAAUGCAACCAGAAAUUUCCGUCCUGAUAAUCUCAUUGGCGAAGGAGGAUUUGGUGAUGUUUACAAGGGAUGGAUUGAUGAGCAAACCCUUGGUGCUGCAAGCUCUAGUCAAGGGAUGGUUGUUGCUGUCAAGAAACUUAACCCAGAAGGUUUUCAGGGUCAUCAGGAGUGGUUGUCGGAGGUUAAUUAUCUUGGUCAGCUUCAUCAUCCCAAUCUAGUAAAGCUUAUUGGAUACUGUCUGGAUGGUGAAAACCGGCUUUUGGUCUAUGAGUAUAUGCCUAAAGGCAGCCUUGAGAAUCAUCUGUUUAGAAGGGGUGCCCAACCAUUGUCCUGGGCAUUAAGGAUCAAAGUUGCCAUAGGUGCUGCUCGAGGGCUCUCUUUCCUGCAUGACUCUGAGCAGCAAGUUAUAUAUCGUGAUUUCAAGGCAUCCAAUAUCCUAUUGGAUUCGGAAUUCAAUGCAAAACUUUCAGACUUCGGCUUGGCAAAAGCAGGCCCAACUGGUGAUCGUUCUCAUGUUUCCACUCGAGUCCUGGGUACUCAAGGCUAUGCUGCCCCUGAAUACAUCGCUACAGGUAGGCUAACUGCUAGAUGUGAUGUAUAUAGCUUUGGGGUUGUGUUGCUGGAGUUGCUGACUGGACGCCGUGCUCUUGAUAAAACAAGAGUUGGGCUAGAGCAGAGCCUUGUGGAUUGGGCAAAACCCUACUUGGGUGAUAGGCGCAAGUUGUUCCGAAUUAUGGAUACAAAGUUGCAGGGUGAGUACCCCCAGAGGGGAGCUUUCAUGGUUGCUCUUCUUGCUUUACAUUGCAUCAGUGAGGCUAAACUCCGGCCACCAAUGGCUGAGGUUUUAGCUACUUUAGAAGAGCUGCCAGCUACUACUAAACUGGGAAACAGCCCUUCUCAGUCAGAGCAACAAAUUACGUCUGAUCUUACCUUCGGGUCUCCAUUUAGAGACAAUGAACGUUCACCUACACAUGUGACCCCCGUAGGGUCUCCAUUUCCAUUACAUAUGAAUUCCCCUGCAUAUAUGGAUACCAGAGGAUCUCCACUGCCAUCACAUAUGAACUCCCCUCAUCUGAAAAUCCUGGAAGGAUGAUGAAUUGAAGUUUUCCUUUGUCUACACCAAUGUAAAUAACUUUCUCUGUUACUUUCUUUAGACUUUUUUGAAAUGGCUAGUUUUAAGGGUGCUUUGGUUCUGGGCCAAAGCGGGCUAGGUUCUUUCAUUAUACAGGAGAUAUCAUCAGCUUCAACAUCAAUUUUGUUGUAUCGUAUACAGGCAUUUUGUCAUUGUUAGAAUAGCAACAGCAACACUGUCACACAUGAUUGUUUCAAAUACAUGAAACUGGGCUUUAGCUAUUGUCAUAGAA